GCAGAACAUCUCUCAGCAAUGUAAACUGCAUUCUUGGCCUUUGCUUUCCAGUGAUGAAGCAUAGACAAAUUAAGACCUGGCUUAUCCACAUCCUCCAGGAGUGACCAAAGACAUUCCAACGUGUCACUACCGAUCUCCUCCUCAUUCACAUCGCAUGGUUCUUGACGGAGUGAUCACUGACAUUCUACCUGUAUAUUUUCACUAUCGGGUAUGUAAGGUCCUUUGCUGUGAUUCAGAGCUGCCUUUGUGGAUAACAGACAUUUGUGGUUUAACAUAGUUUGCAGUAUUAUUUAUUACACGGUUUACCUGCAAACUGGAGUUGAAAAUAUCAAAAUCCUACAGAUUUUGUAAAUAAUUGUAGAGAUCUCUUACGUACAUUAUACUAGCACAUAUCAUGGCGACACUUGAGCAUACUGUUUUGCAAAGUUUAAAGUGUCCGGUUUGUUCUGGUUUGCUGAAUGAACCAAAACAACUGUCAUGUACACACACAUUUUGUCAAAAAUGUAUUCAAGGUAUUCUAGCAUGCUCUGUACAGAGGAAUACUUUAUCAUGUCCAAUAUGUAGCAACCGAACUAAUGUCACAGAUGGCGAUGUUGCGAAUCUUAAAAUUAAUACACCUGUUAAGUCACUUGUUGAUGACUUCAGGAAUAGUAGGCAGCUCUGUGACGUGUGUGACAACCGAGCAAGUGCCACAUACUUCUGUUGCGAGUGUGCUAAGAACAUGUGUAAUGAAUGUCUGCAAGCUCAUGACACAUGGAAACCUAAUCUUAAUCACAAAGUAGUGAGGGUUGAAGACAUCAGGAAGGGUAGGGUAGUCUUAAAGAAGAAGGUUUACUGUCAAGAAGAAGUACAUAAAUCUGAAGAGUACGAGUGCUCUGACGUAUGCACGACAUGUAAGAAGCUCAUUUGCAUAAGAUGUCGUAUGCUCUACCACGAGAAAAAGGGCCACGAUGUGGAAGAUAUACGACAGCACAAUUCGUCUUUCAAGAAGAGCUCUGAGUUACUUCAGGGUACAGGAAAGAAAAAAGUUACAAGAGUCAAGAAUCAUAUGACCUGUAUUGAUAAUCAAAUCAAACGUGUUCACAAUCACAUUAAUGCGGAAAAUGUGAAGCUUGACAAUAUUAGUGAAGAAGCUAUGAAGAAAAUAAAUGAGAGAAAUGCUACCUUGAAAAGGCAAUUAGAAGAUCAGAGAGAAAAAUUAUGCAAGAGUUUAAAUAAUAUGAAAAUUGAUGAUGAGAGGUUGAUUAAGAGUAUUGAGAGUGCGAGAGAAUUGGUGAGUAAUACUUUGAAAGCCCCACUAGAAGGAGAUGUUGUAGCGAUUCGUGGUUCAUUGAUUGGUGAAUUGAAGAAUGUACUAGAUAGAGAUGAUCCAAAGGUAAAGGUUGCUAUUAAUGAAGGUGAUCAUGCAGAGGAACUGACUUUUACACCGAGCUGCAAUCCUGAUGCAUUAUCAAUGGGGGAACUGAGGAUUGUGAAUUACGAGCCCGCGAAAUGCAAUGUACUACUCUCAAAGAAAGAUAGUAUGAAUGGCAUGGUGACUUCAAAGAAUGGCAUAGUUGCUGUUGGAUCAAGAUUUGGAGGAAUCGAAAUCUACUCUGCUGAUGGUCAGCUGCAGAAGACAGUCAUUAAAGAUUUAUGGAUACGUGAAAUAGGAUUCCUCUCUGAUAGUCGAUAUGUUUUACUUGAUACAAAUAAUAAGAUAUCACUGUACACAUCAGACGAAGAGAAGCAGGAUCUAUCAUUCGAUACUAUAGGGGAUAGUGAAGGUGAGUCUGGUGGUCUCACUGUAGACAGCAAUGAUCUGAUCUAUGUUAGCUACAGGAAAGCUAAGAAGAUCCAGGUAUUCUCACCAUCAGGUGGGAAGGCUAUCAGGGAGAUACCAUGCGAUUGGUAUGAACCUGCACAAAUCAAAAGUUAUGGUGAUUCAUUGAUCGUUAAGCAGUUCAAGAAUCGAAUAGCACGUAUUGAUAAGGACGGUAAUAUAAUGCAUAGAUUAUGGAAACCUAAGGAAAUUUACCUCGUUGCUGAUGUGACUAAAGACAAUACAACCCUGAUUGCCUCUGUAAGACACGAGGACGGCCUGCUCAAUAUCGAUGAGUACACCGGUGAGCUGAAACACAUCAAGACUCUUAUAUCUGAUUACAAGAUUGAAAAACCUGAGAGAGAAUGGUAUUACCUAAGACAGUUUCAAUCAGGAGAGAUAGCUUUCUGUACACCGGAUAGGCUCUAUAUAUUUAACCUAGUUACUAGUAAAGUUACCUCGUAAGAAUAUUAUGUUUCGACCUUCAAGCGCCAAUUAUUUUCCUACUUUACAAAUUCAUCAAUUCACCAGUAUCAAUGUUAAUCUUGGUAGUUAUGUUCCAUUAAUGUCAAGAAUCAAGAAUCUUAAUUCAUUCCAUUCGAUAAAAUAAUCACGUGUACAAAAGAAUAGUAAAACGCAAAAGUACAUGAUAUACAACCAUAAACAAUUCAUAAUUAUUACACAUAGAGGAGCGUAAUCGAAUGAAAUAUGGCACUCUCCAAAAGUUAGAAAAGAAUUGAACGUCAUUUGAAGAAGCUCUGCCCAAAGUUGUAUCCCAACUGUAUCAUUUGUAACAGUUUAAGGCAUGUCUGGUUAGUGGUUACGUAGAUUUCACUACUCCUACAUUAAUAUUUACCAUUCUUAACAAAAUAGAGUUUAACCGUUUAAUACUGAAAUUUCCAUUUUUUGUAGAAAAUAUUUGAACAAAGUAAUUUCUUUCUUUGAAAUUAUAAUUAAUUUUACACAUUACACAUAUUUCUUAGUUAGAAAGAAAUAUGUUCCAACAUAAAUACAUGUGUAUGACAUCAAAUCAAUAUUGAAAAGUGAAAUACAACUGAAUACGUUGAUUAUUCCCAGGGGCGGAUCCGGGAUUUUCCAAAGGGGAGGGCGCAAAUUUUUCGGAGGGAAAUUUUAACGAGGAAAUUAAAAAAGAAAAAAAAAAGGUCUUCAAUUUCAAAAGAGGGGGCACACCUCUGUUUUAAUGGAAUUUUUACAUAACACAUUUUAAUUUUGAUUCUCAAGGUGGUGGUGGGAGGGACGGGCCGGGUGUACCCCCACCCCCCCCCCCUGGAUCCGCCAGUGAUUAUUCCGAAAGAUUAAAACAUAUAAUCAUUUCAUGAAUAAUGUUUACUUGCUUGAUGAAGUAAUAAAUGCUCUAUGAGAUACUAGUAGACGACUGACGUUGAAAACGUGACCAGUAAUGAGUCUGGUAUCCUUACGUACAAAUAAAAGACUUUUAAAAUGUAUGAUUUAGGUUGAGAUGGGGAUUAAUGUUUACAAGUCCAAAAUGAUGCAAGUACGUAUCUUGGGGGGAUAGGCCAUGACAUCCUCAGAGCAUAAAAACAAGGAAACAAUAAAACCUACAAUCUAAGAAAAUCAAAAGCAAUGAUUAGUUGCAAUAUCAAACAGUUU